UCCCGUCCGCGGUCCUCACAAUCACGCCGCCAAAGUGCAACAUUUGCGCAUCCUUCCGCUGUAAUGUGACUGGCCCGUGUCCUCCGAGCUGAAAUAGCAGACUGCGAUAUUUCCAACAACUCCCUGGGAGCUGCGGAGCGUGCAGGAGGAGGCGGCUCGGUCGCUGCUGUAGAGCCGACGGCACAGCUGCGCUGACGGGCAGCGGCUCUGCGUCCAUCCCGCUGGAGGGGCGACCACGGCCCAAGAGGGGCAAAUGAACGAGCUGGUGAAGUGUCUGCCCUCCCCAACUCUCCCCGGGCUGCACUUCACGUGUCUGGACGCCCAUAAAGGCUGGCUCUUUAAAUGGACCAACUACCUGAAGGGCUACCAGCGGCGGUGGUUCGUCCUCAGCAACGGCCUGCUGUCCUACUACAGGACUCAGGCUGAGAUGGCACACACCUGCCGGGGCACUAUUCCCUUGGCUACAGCACACAUUGAGGUGGGGGAAACCUGCCACUUAGUCUUGACCAGCGGGGGCCGGAGCUACCACCUGAAGGCCACGUCUGAGGGAGAGUGCCAGAGAUGGGUGGCCGCUUUGCAGCAGGCCAAGGCCAAUGCCACCCUCCUUAUGCAUCACUCAGAUGACUCAGGGGAUGAAGUCUCUGUACCUCAGGAGGACCGUGUGCUGAACCAGGGGGUGCUCAAGACUCUGGCCAGCAAGCUGGAUGAUCUGAGCACGUGUAAUGAGCUUAUAGGAAAGCAUGGGGCCGCCCUCCAGCGCUCCCUGAGCGAGCUGGAAGAUCUGCGUGGAUCCACUGACAACACAGACAAAGUGAAAGCUGUUAAUGAGCGAGCCACCCUCUUCCGCAUCACCUCCAAUGCUAUGAUCAAUGCUUGUCGUGAAUUUUUGGAUGUGGCAGAAUCUCACAGCCAAAGGUGGCAGAAGGCUCUGCACUAUGAGAGAGAACAGCGUCACCAUCUGGAGGAGACCAUCGAACAGUUAGCCAAACAGCACAACAGUCUGGAGAGAGCCUGGAGGGAGAAUCCCACCUCAUAUACAGGUGUGGAGCGGUCUCAGGAGGGAGAUGUGAGUGAUGAGAAUGAAGAGGCAGAGUUCUUCGAUGCCAUGGAGGAUUCCCAAGCAUUCAUAACUGUAACUGCAACCAGCAAUAUACAGCACAAGCGUUCUGGGAGUAAUCAAAGUAUGAUGAGUGGAGGACUGCCUGGUGACUGGACUGAGAAUGAGACUUCUGGCACAAAUCAUGUGCAGCUACGAAGAACAAGACGCAGCCGUAUUCCUGACAAACCAAAUUACUCCCUUAACUUGUGGAGCAUCAUGAAGAACUGCAUUGGCAAAGACCUCUCCAAGAUACCCAUGCCUGUAAAUUUCAACGAGCCAUUGUCGAUGCUGCAGCGUCUGACAGAGGAUCUGGAAUACAGCGAGCUGCUCGACCGGGCAGCUCGCUGUGAAUCAUCCAUUGAGCAGAUGUGCCUGGUGGCAGCCUUCUCUGUCUCCUCCUACUCCACAACAGUCCAUCGGACAGCCAAGCCCUUCAACCCUCUGCUGGGGGAAACAUACGAACUUGACCGACUAGAGGAGUAUGGCUAUCGCUCCAUCUGUGAGCAGGUCAGUCAUCACCCGCCAGCUGCUGCCCACCAUGUGACAUCACAGCGUGGAUGGACUCUGUGGCAGCACAUUACCAUCGAUAGCAAGUUUCGUGGGAAAUAUAUUUCUGUCAUGCCUUUAGGUAACAUUCACCUGCAGUUCCACUCAAAUGGAAAUCGCUACGUGUGGAGCAAAGUGACAUCAACGGUGCACAACAUUAUCGUAGGGAAGCUUUGGAUUGAUCAGUCUGGGGACAUUGAUAUUGUGAACACCACCACAAAGGACACCUGCCGUCUCAAAUUCUCCCCAUACAGCUACUUCUCCAGAGACGUCCCACGCAAAGUUACAGGAGUAGUAGAGGACAGAGAGGCCACAGCUCAUUAUAUCCUGUCAGGAACCUGGGAUGAAAAAAUGGAAAGUGCUAAAAUAGUGGAAAGCAGCCAAGGAUGUGGAGGCUCUGAGGGCAAACAAAAGAUGGUUUAUCAGACUCUUCAACCCAAAUUGUUGUGGAAGAAAUAUCCUCUCCCAGAUAAUGCAGAGAACAUGCACUUUUUCUCCUGCCUGGCCCUGAGCUUGAAUGAGUCAGAAGAGGGCGUUGCUCCCACUGAUAGUCGCCUGCGGCCAGACCAGAGACUAAUGGAAGCAGGUCUGUGGGAUGAAGCAAACAUCCAGAAGCAACGAAUAGAGGACCAUCAAAGAGUGGAAAGGAAAAGAAGAGACGCACAAGCUAAUCAGGCCCUGGAGGAAGGUCAAGACAUUGAGGGUUACCAGCCACUGUGGUUUGAAAAGAGAACGGAUGAUAGUACAGGAGAAAGCACCUACAUCUACAGAGGAGGCUACUGGGAGGCCAAAGACAGACAAGAUUGGAACCAGUGUCCUGAGAUCUACUAGGACAAGAUUUCCCUCACAGUGUGGGUUUGGCGUGGCUUCUUCUUAUAAGGAUACUCUGUUAGAUGUUUAUGCUAGUGGGUUAGUGAGUGAAACAGCAAAGUUCUCCCUGAUUUCCAAGCACAAAACUCCUGCUUCUACUUUCUGCACUGUCAUAGCUGUGUUUCCUGAAUGCAUGGCUUCAGUUCCUGUGUUAGCGUCAAUGAAGUAAGGAACUAAUCUUUGUGAACAUUUUAUGUUCUGCUUUCGUGCGUGUGUGCGUGCGCGUGUGUGUGUGUGUGUGAUUGACAUGUGGUUUUUAGAAAGCUCUGCAUUAUAUCACACCUGGUUGAGUGUGUAAGUAAUAACUUGGGGGCAUGAAGUGCUCUGGGAGCGUGGGAAAACUACCAAAUGUCUUGUUCUGAAAGCUGGAACAACUUGUUCAUUGCUGAGCUUUCACAGAGACACUAGGCUUUGAAAGGAAAGGAGAAAUCCUUCUUAUGUGCUUUAAAGGUAUCCCAGCAGAACUUUAUUCACUGAUCCCCUAGAUUUGUGGAUGUUUUUACCAUCCUAUAUUUAAAAAAUACACAAAUUGUACUCUGAACAACUUACACUCAUUUGCUGACUGGCCUGUAAAGAACAGCUACAAGGACAAGGAAACUCAAGUUGAUGUCAAUGGCUGUGGAUGGAAAACUGACUAAGAACACGUUUUUUCAGGUAAUGCCUGCUUCUCCCAUGAUUACAAUUAUGUUUCUAUUUCUGUUAAAUGUAGAUUUUGCUAAUUUAACAUUGUCAGUUCACUUUUAAAUGGAAACACUAAACACCCUGAGAGAGCACUUUUAUGUUUCUACUGACCAUAGAGCAACCUUGUUAAGCCUGUGAAAAUGGCUAGAGGAAGAUCCUUUUUGUAGCCUUAGUUUUUAUGGUAAAAAAACAAACUGUGUUGCAAAUUCGAGGUUCUUUAAAGUUUACCAGGCUUGGGGGUUCUAAGUGAAGAUACUGCUGAGUUUAAUUACGUUAAAUUAUGGAUGAGCAUCCUUCAUUUUAGGAGGUGAUCAAUAUAAGUGACUUAAAGUCGGGAUAAUGCUGCUUGUGCAUAUACCUGUUUGGGAAUUUCUUUUCUUGUUCAUCCUUUAUGUGCAUUUCAGAAUUCUCCCAUAUUGCAAUAGAUAGUACAGGUCUUUAUUUUCCACACACAAUAUUUCAAAAUUACAAAGCCAAACAGAAUUUUAUAGUUUAAUGGAAGCAACAAGCAACUCUACGUAGCAAUAAACUUCUGACCACACGGGGGCAGCAUAUCUAGAUAAGGUGGAUGUGUCAGCCCCCUAGUGUAAGACAUAAAUGCACGCUGGACUGUCCCAACUCAUUAGUACAGUAUUGUUAAUGUUUACAUGGUCAACACAAUAGAUCUAUGUGCCCCUAUGUGUUCAUAAAUUAUAUUGCAACAUGAAAUGUCUUUAAUUAACUAAACACUCCUCUUUUUUUAUGUUUUACAUCUUCAUGAGAAGAUGUGAAAAAUGUUUUAUUCGCAUCCCACAUUUAACCAUAAGCAACUUUAUCAGCAGCAGUGUAUAUAUGGCUAUAAUUGCUCAAAAGCGCAAGUCUCCAUUAUUCUUAAGUGGAAAAUGUUUAGAAACCCCUCAAAGGUUUCCUUGAUGCGCUGCCCAGAAAAACGAUGUCCCAGGUCAAAUAGAUAACCGACAAGCCAAUGGUGGCACCAAACAAUAUCCAGAGUUUUUUGUGGAAAAGGGAGAACCAUCAUCACUCCAGGAUUUGAUCUUUACGCACACAAGCCUUUCUUACCCUAAAUGCUCAUAAGAGUUUGUUACCAAACUCUUAAAUGAUUCUCAGACACCACAAAGCAAAAGUAUCUGACCUGAUGAAAUGAAGAUUAAAGUAUAUGGCCACAAUUUCCCUGUGUGGAAGAAACUGAGUAAUGGGUUUUAUCUCAUUAAUACAAUCUCUACAGUUAAACGUGAUGUUGGAAGCAUCAUUAUGUGAAUCUUCACAGUUUUCCUCAGCAACAGAUAAUAUUGUUGCUUAAUGGCAAUUUUAGCCUUAAUUAUGUAACACAUUGAUAAGUUCCUUGUAAGUAUUAUAAAUAUAUAUAUAUAAAAAACAUUUUGCACAAACAAUAGCAAUCUUUUUUUUCAAACAUACAUGUAUACUUUGGGGUGUUUUUUUGUGAUAAAACUUACUCUAAAUACUGAUUAGUGUUUAUCAUAUUGGUAAGUAGCAACAAACGAGUUUCCCCGACACAAGUAAAGCCAUCUCCGUCAAGGUUAUAUAUGCGUAAAAACUGUGUCGCUUCAUUUAUGCGCUAUUUGUCAGCAAUAACACCAUAUGAACAGCUGUUUAAGAAAAAAAGACUGUGAGGUCAGAGAGGUGUUUUUAUACAGCUAAAUAUUAAGUUAUUGUAAAAGAACUCCCUUACAUGAGGACUUCAGUCAUAAGCUAGAAAACGCAGAGUAAGGGUUACAUACAUUUGCGAAGGUUUUUGUGCGAGCAUGUGCUGGCGUAUAUUAGGGGUAAAUAUACUCUUAUGAACAAUAAUUACCUGUUUAUUUAUAUCUUCCUGUAUAUUAUACCAGGGCAUGGUGCACAUGUUUGACUGCCUGUAUAUAGCAACAAUAUACUAGAAAUAGAAUUACAUUGGUUAUAAUUACUGUAUGAAAGUUUCAUUUGCUAUUACUUGAACAUUCUACACACUGUUUAAUCUUUUGUUGUGUACAAAUAAUCAAAAAUUAAGUCAAGACUAUAAACAAUUUAUGAGAUGCUGGGGAAACUAAAAUAUGAAUAUAAGAUUAUGAGGUGUGGUACAUUAUAUUUAUUAUGGAAAUAAGAUGCUAUUCAAAUAAAGCACAAGGACAUGUUUACUUGACGAUGAUGAAAAUGUUUCCAUAUCAACAUAUAGCUAUGCAUGAUUUUAGAGUGCUUAUUUACUUCUGCAGUGAUGACACACACAGCUAAUAGUUUAUGAUCACUGAUACAUAAUGUGAAUUCACCUUUUGUGCCCAGUUACCUCAAAAUGUUACCUUUUGAGUUCAAAUAAAUAAUA